AUUGGUUGGGAUCGGCCAUUAGUUGCUCUUUGUUGGCCCAGAGCGGGUUUUCGGUCUGGAGCCGGCGUUGGGAGGGCAGAGGCCUUCGUGGAUCAUAAUCAUAAUCAUCAGCGACAGUCUCUCAGCGGCUUGGAGCGGACAUGAGCGGCGGGGUGUACGGUGGAGAUGAAGUUGGAGCCCUUGUGUUUGACAUUGGCUCGUACACAGUCAGGGCUGGUUAUGCUGGAGAAGAUUGUCCAAAGGCAGACUUUCCAACGGCAAUUGGCAUCCUCUUGGAGAGGGAUGAUGGAAGUGCACCUAUGGAAAUCGAAGGAGACAAAGGAAAGUCAAGUGGCACAACUUAUUUCAUUGACACAAACUCUUUGCGCGUUCCAAGGGAAAAUAUGGAAGUUAUCUCUCCUUUGAAGAAUGGAAUGAUUGAAGAUUGGGACAGUUUUCAAGCAAUUCUCGAUCACACAUAUAAGAAUCAUAUAAAAUCUGAAGCUAGUCUACAUCCUGUUUUGAUGUCGGAAGCCCCAUGGAAUACAAGGGCAAAGAGGGAGCGGCUUACUGAGUUGAUGUUUGAACAUUAUAAUAUCCCAGCUUUUUUCCUGUGUAAAACAGCUGUGCUCACAGCAUUUGCAAAUGGCCGCUCUACAGGUUUAGUGUUAGAUAGUGGAGCCACGCACACUACAGCUAUUCCGGUACAUGAUGGAUAUGUUCUUCAACAAAGCAUUGUUAAGUCACCACUUGCAGGAGACUUCAUCUCCAUGCAGUGCAGGGAAUUAUUUCAAGAAUUGAAUGUGGAAAUUAUCCCACCUUACAUGAUCGCGUCCAAGGAAUCAGUGCGUGAGGGAUCACCGCCGAAUUGGAAAAAGAAAGAGAAACUACCUCAGGUCACAAGGUCCUGGCACAACUACAUGUGCAAUGAAGUGAUUCAGGAUUUCCAAGCAUCAGUGCUCCAGGUGUCGGAUUCUUCAUACGAUGAACAAGUGGCUGCCCAAAUGCCCAGUGUUCAUUAUGAAUUUCCUAAUGGCUAUAACUGUGAUUUUGGUGCUGAACGACUGAGAAUUCCAGAAGGCUUGUUUGAUCCUUCGAAUGUCAAGGGUUUAUCUGGAAACACAAUGUUGGGUGUCAGUCAUGUAGUGACGACAAGCGUUGGAAUGUGUGACAUUGAUAUUAGACCAGGUUUAUAUGGCAGUGUGAUUGCAGCAGGUGGAAACACAUUAAUACAGAGCUUCACAGACCGUUUGAACAGGGAGCUCUCCCAGAAAACGCCACCUAGCAUGCGUUUGAAGUUAAUGGCCAAUAACACCACAGUGGAACGCAGAUUUAGCUCCUGGAUUGGUGGCUCUAUUCUAGCCUCUUUGGGUACAUUCCAACAAAUGUGGAUUUCCAAACAGGAAUAUGAAGAAGGAGGAAAACAAUGUGUUGAAAGGAAAUGCCCUUAAUUAACAAUAUUAUAGAUACAUCACCUGUGAAGUUUUUACCAGUUUUUUUGAUGCCCCAACUAUGGUCCUCCGCAACAGUGCCAAACCUGUUGGACUUCAUUGUAUAGUGGAUAGAUAAUGUAUAUUUUAUAAAGGUUUUUUAAAUCGUUCAGCUAAUUUUACUAAUCAACCAGACCCCCAAAGAUGUGUUUAUAAACUUACAAUUUACUAUUUGUAUUUAGAUACAAAUCACACCAUUUUCAGGGAACACCAAAUAUUGUUAACUAGUGAUAUUUUUGUAGCUGGUUAUGUUUUCUACACUGUACGGAUUAACAGUUUAUCUUGUGCCUUUUAAAUGAUAUCAGUUGUUUACAUGUUUGCCAAGGGUAAGUCUGGAGGUACAGUACAAUAGAAUAAAUGUACUUGCGAUAAUCUUAAUUAUCCCUAACUGCUGUUUAAAAAUUUUUCCAUUACCUGUGCACUUGGCAACAUGCUCACAGGGGUUUCAUAUUUAAAUUAAGUGAAUUGUGUAAGCAAUUAUAUCUUUUAUACAAAUUUAUCUUUCAGUGCAAGGUUAAUUUGAUGCAGAGUAACGUUGGAAUUUUUCUUUUAGUACUUUCUCUUCCUCCAUUUUUGCCUUUCUGGCAUUGUUGAUUUUACGUAGGUGCUUCUCAAUACGUCGUCUA